GUUCCGAUCAAUCUACCCUCUCGAUGUCUCCUCGAAGCUUGCGUGUAUAAACCAUCGAUCUCUUCCGGUCAUCUUAGAUUUGGUUGACCAAGUUUUCCAUGGGAAAUGAGGAGUUUUUCUGCAUCUUCUUUAUUCUACAUCCAAUAUAUGAGCGCAUUAAUGGCUGUGCAGAGAAUUGGCUGCAUUCCAGCAGCCUUCUUCGUGGCUCUCUCUCUCGUGAAUAGCUUCGUCUUCUCUGCGGUUGACCGGCACGGCACAUGGCCGGCUGCCCUCCCUGAGGGCCUCCUCGCCCUGGACAUCGUCGAUAAGAUCCAUGUAGAUCCCGACACCACCGCCAGGUUCUCCACCGACUAUGGCGGCCUCAGUCAAGCUGACCCCGCGGCGGUGCUCUACCCGUCGUCCCCCGACGACAUCGCCACCCUCGUCCGAUUCGCCUACUCCUCCUCCCCCUCCUCGUUCUCGAUCGCCGCCCACGGCCACGGCCACUCCAUCAGAGGCCAGGCCCUCGUACCCGGCGGCGUGGUCGUCGACAUGGCGUCCUUGGGCCGCGGGCGCAGCGACCGGAUCAAUGUGUCGUCGGAUUGGUACGUCGACGCCGGAGGCGAGCAACUCUGGAUCGACGUCUUGCGGGAGACGCUGAAGCACGGCCUUUCUCCCCGCUCCUGGACCGAUUACCUCUACCUGACGGUCGGCGGCACGCUCUCAAACGCCGGCAUAAGCGGCCAGGCCUUCCGCCACGGCCCGCAGAUCUCUAACGUCUACGAAUUGGAUGUCAUCACCGGGAAGGGUGACACAAUAACCUGUUCUCGUGAGGAGAACUCGGACCUGUUCUAUGGGGUCUUAGGAGGACUCGGCCAGUUCGGCAUCAUCACCAGAGCUCGGAUCGCCUUGGAACCAGCGCCACAGCGAGUGCGAUGGCUACGGCUCUUCUACACAGACUUCAGUUCCUUCACCGGAGACCAGGAGCUCCUCGUCUCAAUGACAGAGAAGGUAUUCGACUAUGUCGAGGGACAACUGCUGACGGAGAAGGACGUUGGCAACUCUUCAUUUUUCUCAGAUACCGACACGGAGAAGGUAAAGAUGCUGGCGGCUGAGUACGGCCGCAUUUACUUCGUGGAAGGAGGUGUUUACUACGAACCAGCCACCGCGUCCAUGGUUGAUCAGAAGCUUGAAACCUUGCUCAAACGGCUGAGCUUCGUCCCCGGCUUUGCCUUCACGAAGGACGUUGCGUACAUUAGUUUCCUCAACAGAGUCCAGGAAGAGGAGACGCAUUCCACGGCGCCCGAAAAUGUUCUUCAUCCAUGGCUGAACAUGUUCGUCCCCAAGUCAAGAAUACGAGACUUCGAGAUGGGGGUUUUCAAGGGGAUCCUCAAGAACAAUAACCCCAUCGGGCUGGUGCUCAUCUAUCCCUUCAACAAGAACAAGUGGGAUGACAAGAUGUCUGCGGCGAUCCCCGACGAAGAGGUUUUCUACACCAUAGGACUGCUGCCAUCCGCAACAGUGGACGACUGGAAAUACUUGGACAGCCAAAACGAUGAAAUCUUAAGGUUCUGCCAACAGGAAGGGAUCGACUUUAAGCAGUACUUGCCUCAUUAUACCACACAGACGGAUUGGAAGAACCAUUUCGGCCUUAAAUGGGAUGUGUUCGUUCGACUGAAGAGGCGAUACGAUCCCCAAGCUCUGCUUUCACCAGGACAGCGAAUCUUUACGUCCUCGCUGUAGAUCAUGUCUUGCAAAAUAACUCACGCCACGCACGCAUCCGUGUUUCUCUUUUACUUUGUGUCGUUAACCAAAUCCUAAGUUACACGUAUUCUGUAGAAGACUUCGACCAAUCCUCCUCUCUGUAUUCUAAAUGCAAGUUGGGGAAGUGUAUGAAAAGAAGAACAUAUAUAUAUGUAGAUACUGCUUGUGGGGAGCGCCAACAGAAGAUCUACCUCAGGAUUUGGACGGAUCUUGGUCUGUGUUGACCUUUAAGAUGUCCAUAUUCUGAAGUUGGCAUCACCAGUGAUUGUGCCAAAGAUACAUGCAGAUCUUAGAGAGACAA